AUCUCUCCAAAACAAAAGAGAAGGAAUGUUUCCUCGCAAUCAUCAUCAUCAUCUUCGUCUUCUUCUCUGAAACUCCCAGCUACCAGUGAGAGUAAGAAAGAGAGAGACUUUUGGAGAGUGGGACUCUGUUUUAGAUAGAGAGAUGGGAGGUGUGACUUCUUCAAUGGCGGCGAAGUUAGCGUUCUUCCCGCCGAAUCCACCUUCUUACAAGAUUACCAGAGACGAAGCAACGGAGCUUCUGCUGAUGGACCCAUUUCCCCACCGAGAAAACGUCGACGUUUUGCGUCUUCCCACGCGCCGAGGCAACGAGAUCGUGGCCAUGUACAUCAGGUACCCUAUGGCCGUCACGACGCUUCUGUAUUCUCACGGAAACGCUGCUGAUAUUGGUCAGAUGUAUGAGCUCUUCGUCGAGCUUAGUAUUCACCUCCGCGUCAACUUGAUGGGGUAUGACUAUUCAGGGUAUGGCCAAUCAUCAGGGAAGCCAAGCGAACAAAAUACUUAUGCUGAUAUCGAAGCUGCUUACAAAUGUCUGGAAGAGACUUAUGGUGCAAAGCAGGAGAACAUUAUCCUAUAUGGUCAGUCUGUUGGUAGUGGUCCAACCGUUGACUUAGCUACACGUUUGCCUCGUCUAAGAGCUUCCAUUCUCCAUAGUCCUAUUCUUUCUGGUCUUAGAGUUAUGUAUCCUGUCAAACGCACUUAUUGGUUUGACAUCUACAAGAACAUUGACAAGAUUUCUCUGGUGAGGUGUCCUGUCCUCGUGAUUCACGGAACAGCAGAUGAUGUGGUUGACUUCUCGCACGGGAAGCAGCUCUGGGAACUCUGCCAGGAGAAAUACGAACCGUUAUGGCUCAAAGGAGGAAACCAUUGCGAUCUUGAACUCUUCCCCGAGUACAUUGGCCAUCUCAAGAAGUUUGUGAGCGCUGUGGAGAAAUCAGCGUCGAAAAGGAACAGUUCUUUCUCGAGAAGAAGUGUGGAAGGAGGGUGUGAGCAGCCUCCUCGGCAUAGUGUGGAUGCACCGCCGAGGAAGAGCAAGGAUGGACGAGAGAAACCGAGGAAGAGCGUAGACAGGCUGAGGUUUCAGGGAUACAAGCUGAGCCACGUUGAGAGGCCUGAGAAGCUGAAGAUUCCGUUUGAGGAAAUGGAGAAGGCGAGGAGAAGCGUGGACAUAUAUAGAGAUAAGCCUCAGCCGAUGGAGAGAGCACGUAAGAGUGUGGAUUGGUUGGAUAGAAGUCGAGCUACGGAUUAAAAGGAAUGGGGGGUUUGGUGUUGUUAAAGAUUUUGUAUUGGAGUUUCGUUCAAUUUAUUGGGGGUGUGUUUGUGUUGUAGUAAUCUCAACAGAAAAAUAGAUUUAACAAGUUUGGUAACUUCUCUGACUGUUUCAAACACGACACUUUUGACUUGUCUUGAAACAUUGCUUCAUUGGAGAAGAUAUGUGUGUUGUUGUAAUCCCUCC